AUGGGCUUCCUGUCGCUCAUUGAUCGGGCUUUGUGUCUGACCGUGACGGCCCUUGCCGUCCUUCAAACCCAGGCCGGAGGUACCUGCAGUGCCGUCCCGACCGUCCUGACCCAGCAAGGGCUGGUCUCCGGCUUCACCCAGGGCAACGCCAACGUCUUCUUGGGCAUCCCCUUCGCGCAGACCACCGGCGGCGACAACCGAUGGAAGGCACCCCAGCCUCUCGCCCAGUCGACUACCGCGAAAUUCGAUGCCACCUCCUAUGGCCCAACUUGUGCCCAGGCGAUGUCGGGCAACGCCAUCGUGGCGCAGAGCGAGGAUUGCCUGAACUUGAAUAUCUGGACCCCUGCCAACGGGAGCAACCUCCCCGUCUUCGUUUACAUCUACGGCGGUGCCAUGGUCACCGGGGGGAACAGCAACGCCCAGUGGCAGGGCCAUAACUUUGCUCGCAAGGAUGUGAUCUACGUCAACGUCAACUACCGCGAGUCGGUCUAUGCCUCCCCGAAUGCCCCCGAGCUCGAGGGCCAGUCACAGAACUUUGGAAUUCUCGACAUCGAAAUGGCGCUGGAAUGGGUCUACAACAACAUCCAAGGAUUUGGUGGUGACAAGACGCGCAUUGUCCUCGGUGGCCACUCCUCCGGUGCCGUCCACGUCGACCACUACCUUUGGAAUCAUCCCGACACCUUCCUGGCCGGUGCGAUUGAGAUGUCGGCCAACGCUGAAUCCGGCCCGGCCGUCACCCCCAGCGGCGUUGGCUUGACCCAAGUGGCUCAGGAUAUGCAGGACGCCGGCGUGUCGCUUAACUGCGAUGCCGCUAAUCCGACUCUGGACUGUCUGCGCGAAGCGGAUACCUACGCUCUGCAGACCACCUUUUUCAACUCGACCUCGAACACCUGGUUCUCCCCCGUGGUCGAUGAGAUCACUCGCUUCUCGGACUACUCGGCCCGCUUUGCGGCUGGCCACUACCCCAAGUCGCUGCCGCUGAUCGUCGGCAACUCCGACCAGGAAGGCAAGAUUUUCAGCGUCGUCUACGGCGCCGAAAACGGUGACUUCUCGUCGUGGAUCAACACCUUCGACGCCGAUUUGGCUUGGAUCCCCGACGACGAGCUUCUGGACGCGUACAACGCCUCCGACUACGACUCGGUCGCCCUGAUGAGCGGUGCCUCCUACGGCGACGGCCGCUUUCUCUGCGCGACCGACUACCUGCUGGACGUGCGUGCGGCCGAGCAGCCCACCUGGAUCUAUCGCUGGUUUGGCGACUAUGACAAUGUGUUGGGUAUGAGCGGCAUGGGCGCCUCGCACGGCAGCGAGGUGCCCUUCUUCCACGGUGGAAAUGAGUGCUUCUCGAAACUCUCGGACGUCACCGAUGCGCAGCAGGCACUGGCAGACUACAUGAAUGACUGGUUUGUCGCCUGGAUCAAGAACCCGAGUGCCGGCCCCGGUUGGGACCAGGCGAAACCCGUCAACGGUCCUCUGGCCAAGGUCGGUGUGCCGGGCAAUGAAUUGGCCAUCGAAACGAGCACCACCGGCGAGUUUAACGCUCGCUGUCAGUCGGUCUUCAAGCCUCACUACCCUCAAUACCCCGUGGUGCAGAAUCCGGUGACCAUGUCUUCGUGA